GAAGAGGGGGAGGGAAACCCGAUAGUAGUUUGAAAUUCUAGUGCCGCGCUUGUUCAAACGGACUGUUUACUUGCGUCUCUCUUACAAGUUCAUUCAUCAUGCUUUUCUAUCGCUACGCGCUUUCGGUUAGCUGUAUCCUCGUCGCUCAGCUCGGGCCCAGUCUGUGUCAAAACAGCUCGAAUCUCGCUCAUUGGUGGCCAUUUGGAUCCAGUAAUGUUGAAUCGAACGAUGUGUACGAUCGAUCAGAUUUCAAGGUGUACUGGAAUGUUCCAACGAAGCAAUGCCACCAGUACGGCUUAAACUUCACCGAGGUAUCCAAGUAUGGAAUCAUCCAGAACAGCGAUGACAGGUUCCUUGGGGAAAAGAUAUCGAUUUUUUAUGACCCUGGGGAGUUUCCUGCGUUCCUUGACAAAGGAAAAAGGAGGAAUGGAGGGCUUCCCCAAGAGGGAGACCUUCAACGUCAUCUGGAUGUCUUCGAGAAGGAGCUCGUUGAAUUUUUGGUGCCGGACCCCAAUUUUUCCGGUUUAGGAAUCAUUGAUUUUGAACAUUGGCGCCCGACGUUUAAACAAAAUUAUGGGGUGAUGUCAAUAUAUGUAGAUGAAUCGAUAAAGACAAUGCGAUGGCAGCAUCCGUGGUGGAGUUCAGCAGCUGUGGAAGAAGAGGCUGAAAGAGUGUUUGAGAAGGCAGCGCGUGAUUUCAUGGCGGCCACGCUGAAGUCGGCCCGCAGACUACGACCUCAAGGAAAAUGGGGCUAUUACUCGUUCCCGUUGUGCUUUAACUUCUCUCCUCACAACCCUCGAGCAAAAUGCAAACCAAGUGCCAUGAAGGAAAAUGAUAGACUGGAUUGGCUUUACUCAGGCAGUGGCGCGCUCUACCCUUCCCUGUAUUACAAGAAAAAAGACAUGACGUCCGAGACGAGGGCGGACUUCAUGACCGGAAGAGUUGUGGAGGCGGUAAGAAUGGCCCGUGGAAACCCAGUCAUCCCAUACACGUGCCUCAAAUACUAUGAUCAAAACAAUGAGUUUGUGACAAAGGUUGAUUUUCACAACACAUUGAAAGUACCGAGGAAACAUGGAGCUGCUGGAAUAAUAAUUUGGGGCGCAUCCCGAGAUGUAAAUACAGAAAAGAAAUGCAGGCAAAUGCUGGAUUUCUUGGAAACAGUUGUGGGGCCUGCUGUGAUGCAAACAAGAUCAUUGAAGGAUUAAUCGGACCAAGCUUUUCUAGAAACAGCGAAUUUAGUAUAGUUCCUAUGUAGAUUAAGUGUUAUUCCACCGAUAUCCUUAAAAUGCUCAGUUGUCAGCUACAAAUUAUUCCUGGCAGAAUAAAACCACCUCUAGGAUUAAAUUAUCAAAGUUGCUCUAGCCCCUUCCAUUCUGGUUGGCAACUCAAUUUGGGAUCCCUACCUGGAAGGGGUUUUCUGUUGUCCCGUUUGUAGGGGAGAGGAAGCGUCUUACAAGGAGACCUGUUGCACCUUGAGAAGGGAGAUAAAUCCAUAUUCGAAAUUUUUAAUUUCAAAAUAUAUUGUGGAAACUUUUAAGUGAUAAAAGUUUCCUGGAAAAAAGAGAAGGAAGUUGGAGGUUGCAAAGGUUCAUGGCUGAAUGCUUGAAAAAGAGAGUAAGUCUAGUGCGUUUUGAUGUUUGAAUUAAAAUGUAUUGAAAAAUACUUGGAACUAGUAAAUAAUUAACAAUCAAAGAAGAGAAUGAAACAAGAGGAAGCUCGAAGCAUUUCUGACUGAAUAAUCAAAAAGUAAGAUAAGACUGAGCACCUGAAACUUACACAGAUCUGUAAGAGGCUAAUCUACCUGUUUGACAAAAACAAAAGAAAUAUGUAGAAUACAUAUUUGGAUGUCCUUU